UAGCAGAGAAGCUCUGAUUAGUGAUUGGUCGGGACUGUGUGCGGUGAGGUCGGAGGAGAAGAUGAAUAUGAAAAAGAAUUAAUUAAUUAAAAUUUAGAAAACAGGGAAAAAAAAAUUUUCAAACGUAGUCAUCGUUGGUGAAAGGAAGAAAGAAAAUCAAAUCCUCUGCAGACAGCAGAACAAAUAAACAAAUUGAAAAAAAAAAAUUUCCUUUUCUUUCGAUGAACCAAAAUAUUGUUUUUUCGACUAUAAAAACAUGUCUUUUUCCAGGCAUUAUCCCCUUCCGUUACUGAUGUUCCUCCAUUGAUUGCAAGCUUCCCCCUUUGCAUUCCUUCUGUAAUUCUUGCAGGUUCGGGCAAGGCGGGCCUUCUUCUUCCUCUGUUUUCCGGCUCUGAAGAAGGCUCUGUCUCUGCUUCUUCCGGUGCCUCUGUUGUUCUUGAUUCUUGGGAGAUGAUAAGGUUUGGGGUGUUGGCCUUGCAACUGUGGGAGCUGGUCGUGAGCUCUCUUGUGCAUUUGCUUUAUGCGCUUUACAUAUUCAGCUCGGCCGUCGCCGGAGACGUCUCCCUCGCGUUGAACGACGUCCUCUUCAAGCCCAUCAAUGCCGGUAAUGAUUCCAGCAUCGAGAUAAGGCGGGAGGAGGUGCCCGGAGAUAAAGUUUCCGACUUGCCCCCUAUCGUGUUGGUCCAUGGCAUCUUCGGGUUCGGGAAAGGGAGGCUUGGGGGUUUAUCGUAUUUCGCUGGGGCGGAGAAGAAAGAUGAAAGGGUUCUUGUUCCUGAUUUGGGGUCAUUGACAAGCGUAUACGAUCGGGCUCGCGAGCUGUUCUAUUAUUUGAAAGGUGGACAGGUAGAUUACGGCGAGGAGCACAGCAGAACUUGUGGGCACUCACAGUUCGGGCGGAUUUAUGGGCAAGGAAAUUACCCGGAAUGGGACGAAGAUCACCCGAUCCACUUUGUCGGGCAUUCUGCUGGGGCGCAGGUUGUUCGUCUUCUGCAGCAAAUGCUCGCUGACAAGGCGUUCAAGGGAUACGACACAUCCGAGAACUGGGUCUUAAGCAUAACAUCCUUGUCGGGAGCCUUCAAUGGGACAACAAGGACCUAUCUGGAUGGAAUGCAGCCAGAAGACGGAAGAACCAUGAAACCGGUGUCUCUUCUUCAGCUCUGCCGUCUAGGAGUUAUCAUAUAUGACUGGUUUGAUAUCCCAUGGCUGACGUCCUACUACAACUUCGGGUUCAACCACUUCAACAUGUCGUGGAGGAAAGUGGGACUUUGGGGUCUGGUGGACUGCCUCUUGGGGAACACAGGUCCUUUUGCCUCGGGCGAUUGGAUACUCCCUGACCUCACUAUUCAAGGGUCGAUGCAUCUUAACAGUCAGUUGCAUACUUUUCCCAGCACGUUCUAUUUCAGCUAUGCCACGAAGCGGACUAGGAAGAUUAUGGGCAUUACUGUCCCUUCGGGUUUGCUUGGUAUCCACCCAUUGCUUUUCAUUCGGGUGCUUCAGAUGAGCCAGUGGCAUCACCCGCCUAAUGUUCCGCCUCCUUACAAGGGCUACAGGGAUGAGGAUUGGCAGGACAAUGACGGAGCCCUCAACACUAUAUCAAUGACUCACCCGCGCCUUCCGAUCGAACACCCCAGUUGUUAUGUCGUGAAUGAUUCCGAUUGCCAACCAUUGCAACCGGGAGUCUGGUACUACAAGUUCGUGGAAGCCGAUCACAUACUGUUCAUCGUGAAUCGGGAGAGGGCUGGAGUUCAGUUCGAUCUCAUAUACGACAGCAUAUUCCAGCGGUGCCGAAAGCAUGUCUUCAGGAAGACCCCACAGACGAUGCCAAACCAAGCCCAACAUUAGUUUUUCCUCCAAAUCUACAACCGAACUAUCGAUCUCGGAAUCAGAAAGAGAACUGUUACAUUGUCCCAAGUCAGGUAGAGAUUAGAACGUCCCGAACUCGUGUUCGGAUGUAAAUUUUAUUUUCCCCCGCUCGGGCGUCGCCCCCAUUCUAUUCUUCCCUAAAGUUUGCGGAGUUGUAGUGUCUUAGAAACAUCGGAGGGUUUACUUUAUGUCCGAUUACCCUCGUUUUUCUUUCUUAAUAUUUUCUUUUUAAUCUUCCCCCCAUUUCCGACUUAGAUGAUGUAAAAAAACAUUCGGUAUGAACAAGUGCUACAUUCGGUAUGAAGUGCAAAGUAAA